UGAAGAUAGGAAGUACAAGCACUUCGUUCAAGUUCGCAAUAUAAUUGUGGCGCGGUCGUCUCCCUCCCUCCGCCGUAAAGAAAUAUAAGAGCAUUUCCACCUCUCCACGGCUGUCUCCGCCGGGACGCCAUGGCAGAAGCCAGCAGCGAGGCCACCGGCGCAGCGCCUCCACCUCUCCACGUCGUGGUGUUCCCAUGGCUAGCGUUCGGCCAUUUCACCCCCUUCCUCGAGCUCUCCGAGCAGCUCGCCAGGCGCGGGCACGCCGUCACCUUCGUCUCCACGCCGAGGAACGUCGCCAGGCUGAGGCCCGUCAACCCCCGCAUCCGCCUCCUCCCCCUGCCCCUGCCGAGCGUCGACGGCCUGCCGGACGGCGCCGAGUCCACGGCCGACGUCCCGCCAGAGAAGGUGGACCUCCUCAAGGUGGCGUUCGACGGCCUCGCCGCUCCUUUUGCCCGCUUUCUUCACGAGGCUUGCGCCGGCGGGGACGGCGCGACGGAGUUCGGCAAGAGGCCCGACUGGAUCUUCGUCGACUUCGCACACUACUGGCUCCCACCCAUCGCUGAGCAGCACAAGGUACCGUGCGCCUUGUUCCACAUCUGCCCGGCGCCGUUCGUGGCCUUCAUCGGCCCCAAGGCGGCGAACGAGGCGCACCCGCGGACGACGGCAGAGGACCUGAUGGCGCAGCCGCGGUGGAUCCCGUUCCCGACCACCAUCGCCCACCGUCUCCACGAGGCCAAGGACAUGCUAGUCCAGACGUUCCGCGCCAACGCGUCCGGCCCGUCCGACGCCUGCCGGCUCUGGCAGACGGAGCAGCGCUGCCCGCUCGUGAUCCUGCGCGGCAGCCGCGAGGUCGACGGCCCGCUCUGCGGCCCCUUCCUCGCCGACCUCUUCGGCAAGCCCGUCGCCCUCUGCGGCCUCCUCGCCCCAUACGACGCCGCGCUCGCCGCCCAAGAAACACUCGACGACGAGAGCGAGAGCGAGAGCGCGAGCCUCAUGCGCUGGCUGGACGAGCAGCCGGCGAGGUCCGUGAUCUACGUCGCGUUCGGGAGCGAGGCGCCGCUGACCCGCCACCACGUCCGCGAGCUCGCGCUCGGGCUGGAGCUCGCGGGCGCGCGGUUCCUCUGGGCGCUGCGGGGGCCGAGCGCCGCCCUGCUCCCGGACGGGUUCGAGGAGCGCGUGGCCGUGGGCGGGCGCGGCGUGGUGCGCGCCGGGUGGGUGCCGCAGGUGCGCGUCCUGGCGCGCGGCGCGGUGGGCGCGUUCCUGACGCACGCCGGGCUGAGCUCGCUCACGGAGAGCUUCCUGUUCGGCCACCCGCUGGUGAUGCUGCCGCUGUUCCUGGACCAGGGCGUGACGGCGCGCGGCAUGGCGGCGAGGGGCGUCGGCCUGGAGGUGCCCAGGGAAGAGGGCGACGGCUCGUUCGGCAGGGACGACGUGGCCGCGACGGUGCGGCGGGUGAUGGCGGAGGGCGAGGAAGGGAAGGCGUUCGCGCGCAACGCCGGGGAGCUCCAGGCGGUUCUCUGGGACAGAGCGAAGCAGGACGAGUACGUCGACGAUCUGGUGGCAGAGCACUUGCUGCGCCUGCGCCUGUGAUGCUGCCUCAGCGAGGCUGCUUCUCGUGGACAGUGAGUGUGCGAUGCUCAGUGCUCGGUAAUGCUAUUCGUACGUACUUCCUCUGUAAAAAAUAAUACUGUAAUAUAUAAAGUAAAAUAAUACGGUAAACACUUUUAUAUUUCUUUACGAAAAAUCUACGUGUAAGUUUUUUUCUAAUAAUUUGGAUUGCUUUAGUUUAAAAUAGCUUUCGGUUAUUUUCACCUUUUACUUCUGGGUAACGCUGUAUCUAUGUAAAUCCUUUUAGAUA